AUGAAGUGGGCAUUUCUACCAGCCGCUGGGCACCUGGCAAUUCUCCCCCCAGCUCCUCCAAGCCAGCUGAGCCAGCUGUUGAGGUCAAGGACAAUGAUAGUGGAGAGGAUUCCCGACGAAGUAGGCAUUUCUACCAGCCGCUGGGCCCCUAGCAAUUCUUACCCCAACUCCUCCAAGCCAGCUGUUGAGGCUAUCGACAUCACCCAGCACGUUCAUUUCGACGCCAACUGCUUCCGAGCUCUGGCUCAACAAGGCUGCCUGCCCUUAUCCCUACCAAAGGAAUCAAUCUCGGCGACAUUGUCAAGGCCCGCUGCGCGGAAUGUACUCCCCGUGAGCACCGAGUCGGCAACGGCCUCGCCGCUCAGCAGAUCCUGGAGUCUGUUCUUCUUCGCUCUGCCGACCCCAAGAAUAGCUAGGAGGAGCAUUCCAAGCUCGUAUCCGAGCUCUGGCUCAACAAGACUGCCUGCCCGUAUCACGUCGACACCCCCACUGAGCCCGCUGCUCCCAUCACUGAGGCUAUCAAUCACCCAACAUGUUCGUCUCGACGCUAAGGUCGGUCAGUCUGUUGCUGGCCUUACCGCUAAGCCCGCUGGACCUACUCAGCCCAUCUAUGAGCACGUCCUUAAACCCACUUCCGAGUCCGCUGAGCUCAAGCCUGGCUUCGAGGCUGCCGUCAAAGAGAACUUGAGUGGAUUCUCCAGCUCUGAGCAUGCUGCUCCGAAAGAUUCUUCUUCAUCUCCAGUCGGGCCUAUUCUCACUGAUUCUCCUGUUGCCGAGCCUGCUGGACCUACUGAGCCCACUUCCCAGUAA